AUGUCUCUCCGGCGCGACGAAGUUGAGUCCCUCAUUCUCAAGGGCCAGCACAUCGUCAUAUACCACGACAACGUCCUCAGGAUACCCAAUAAAUGGCUCGACGCGCAUCCCGGCGGUGCCCUAUCCAUCCUUCACUUUGUUGGACGAGAUGCAACUGAUGAAAUUGACGCGUUGCAUCCCACCGUAACUCUUGAUCUCAUCGCAAAGUAUUCCAUUGGCAAGCACCACGAGAAGUACUGGGUUCCUUUCUUGCCUCCCAUUGCUGCUGGAUGGGUCCAGGAGAACGGCCAAUGGAGGAGAGAGGCUGCGUAUCUCUCAGGGGACCAACGUUUGCUCGUUGAGGAACACCUUUCUUCGUCAAGCCUCGGUCCAACGGCAGCAACCAUCACGCCAGGCCCGACCGAUCUUGACUUGGACAUACAAGCAAGACAGUCCGCGGCGUAUAAGGCCCUACACAGACGCAUUAUUAACGCAGGGCUCUACAAAUGCCCCAUCCUUACCGGCUACGGACCAGAAUUUAUUCGGUACACCCUUUUAGGCCUCAUUAGCGCGUAUGCCUACUACCACAACUGGCUCAUGACGUCCGCAUUCUUCCUUGGUCUUAUGUGGCACCAACUUAUGUUUUUUGCCCAUGAUCUCGGACAUAUGGGUUUGACGGGCGACUGGACGUUCGACAGGCUCGUGUCUACGAUUAUCGCCGACUGGAUCGGUGGCCUCAGUAUCGGCUGGUGGGUCGAUAACCAUAAUAUUCAUCAUAUUGUUACGAACCAUGUGAACCAUGACCCCGAUAUCCAGCAUCUCCCCUUCUUCGCCAUCUCGCCGGCAUUUUUCAAUAAUUUAUAUUCCAGCUACUACAAGCGCACAAUGCCUUUGGACGCGCCAGCCAAAAUAUUCCUUACACUUCAACACAAGCUAUUCUAUAUUGUGAUGAUGUUUGCCCGGCUCAACUUGUACCGCCUUUCCUACGCCCAUCUUUAUUUCCGAGCUUUUGAUACAAGGCGCGCCAGAGGCCACGGAUGGGCCUGGGGUCUCGAGGUCGCUGGUAUCGUGUUCUUCUGGACAUGGUUCGGUAGUCUCCUCAUUGGUUGUGGAACAUGGCGAAAGGCGCUCUUGUACGUCCUGGUAAGUCACGCCACGACGAGUCCUCUUCAUGUGCAGAUCGUCCUAUCACAUUUUUCAAUGUCUACAGCAGAUCUAGGCCCUACGGAGUCAUUUCCCCAUCGACAGUUGCGGACGACCUCCGACGUUAUAUGCGACGAAUCUAUUGAAUUUAUACACGGCGGUCUACACCUUCAAGUAACGCAUCAUCUGUUUCCUCGCCUGCCGCGGCACAACCUCCGAAAGGCUAGCGAGAUGGUCAAGAAGUUCGCCGAGGAGCAGGGGCUAACAUAUGCAGAGUUUGGUUUCGUAAGUGGAAACAAAGAGGUGGUUGGCCUCCUGAAACACGUUGGCGAACUAGUCAAUCAAGUCAAGAUAGUAGCGGAAGUCGCUGAUGCAGAAGCGAAAGAGGCGGUUGAUAAAAAGAUCAAGGGUCAGGAGGAGAAAAAGGUUGGUUAG